GAAGGCCAUAUGCGGGAUCCAUCUCCCGCGCUCGCCCCCUGGCGCCGCGCCCGGCCGCGCGCGCGCGCCCCGGGAGGGCUGACCUCAGGCCACGGGCUGCCCCUGGAGGGCUGACCUCAGGCCGCGGGCCACGGGAUGCGCCUGACAUACUCGGCCAGGAAAGAAGGAUGAGGAACCACUGCGAAGACGUCAUGUCGCGCUGGUGGCGAGGGCGAUGCUAGCAGUUUCGGUCGCGACGGAGGACGAUCACCUGACGGCGAGCAGCGCUGAGAUUACGCCCCACGCUCAAGCACCCAGCGGCCGAAGGCCAAGUUUUCAUCAGCGCCUGGCGGAGUGCAAAUACAUCGUCGUCGAGGUCCCAGAGCGCGACGAGUUCGACAAGUUCGACCACCAGUACGACCAUCAGUACGACCUCUGCGACAGCCUGUACGGCGUCGGCGGCUACCACUGGCACUACCAGUACGAUCAGUACGACCUCCAAUACGUGGUCGACGACCGCCACUGGGACCAUGGUGCGCAGCCGGACAACGAGGGCCAUCAGCUGAGUUACGGGUGCCACACUUGGGCUGCGAGGGCCGCUGCCUGAGCUACGAGGGCCGCAGGCAGACCUUCAGGAAUCACCCGCAGGGCCACAGACAAAAGUACGAGACCCACCAGCCGAGUUGCGAGGGCCACUAAGGGAUCUACGACGACCACGUCUGGAUGCACGAGGACCACAGACUGAGCUUCAAGGGCAGCGAGCAUAGCUCCGAGACUCGUAAUUACCUGAACCACGAGAGCCCCCAGCGGAGCUCGAGGGGCCACAAGCCGAAUUCCGAGAGCCACAAGCAGGUCCACGAAGGUUUUUGCCAGCAUUACGACAGUAACCAACUGAGUUAAGAGGACCACAAAGAUGAGUUGCAAGGGGCACGAUCCGUCCUACUAGAAGCAUGGGGACAACUUCCACCAGGACAGCCUGCAGAACAACGAAAAUGACCAGCAAAGCUACCAUGGCCACAUAUUGAGCUACUAGGUCCACCAGUUGGGCUAGGAAGCAAUGGGCUGAGUGACGACGGCUACAGAAACAACUGGCUGAAUUACCAGGGGCACUUGCAGAGCUAGGGGACCCACCGCCAGAGCUACGAGGUCAUCCCGUUGAAGUACGGGGGCAACGAGCUGAGCUCAGAGGGGGGCCACAAGCUGAGCUUCGAGGGCGUCAAGAAGAGCUACGUGAGCCACGAGCUAAUACGGCCACCUGCUGAACUAGGGGGGCCACCUGUGGUUCAACGAGGGCUACAACCUGUGCUUCAAAUCUGCGACGGCCGCAGGCAGAGCUCCCCGAACCACCAGCGUAGCUACCAGAGCCGCCAGCUGUCCUACCAGGGUCACAAGCUGUUUUACGACGGCCACAAACAGAGCCACGAGAACCACCAGAGGAGUUACGAGUGCCAAUAGCUAAGCAACCAGAGCCACCAGCAGAGGGAGGAUUACGGGCUGAGUUGCGAGAGGCACGAGGCGAAGUGCGAGAACCACAAGCAAGGCUUCGAUGACCACCAAGUGAACUGCCACGGGCAGCUGCUAAACUAUGUGGCCGCAAGGUGAGUUACCAGGGCCUCCAGCUCAGCUACGAGGACAAGCGGCUGAGCUACGAGGACUACGAGGGCCACCAGCUGCGCAGCAUGACGAUCAGGAUCGUUAGCUCCCUGAUGGAUGGGCGAGUGCGAAGGGCACGUCCGGCAAGACGUGCUACCCCCAGAGGGUCACGCAGCAGACGUAAUGGUCACCCCCGCUAUUUGAUACGAGAUCCAACAACCAGCCUCCUUGCCACCAGGCUGGAUCAGCGACCUCGACCAGCAGGGGGGAUGCUACUACCGCCGCGAGGCCUUGAACAUGACGACGUGGACGCAGCCUUCCACGGCCGCGGCGGUGGUUCGCGCUCCUCGGGCGCUGUGUUCACCCAGCGCGGACAGGGUAUUCGCGUAAGCGAGUUGCGGCGGCAGAGCGAUGAUGAUGAGGGAGAUGGCGAUGAUGAGGGGGAGGAGGAAACUUAUUGUACAGAAGAACAAUUUUG